GGUUAUCGACAACAGCGCCAUAACAAAGGAGAGUCCGCCGAAAAUUUUCCGCGUUUUUCUCGAAUUAAUUUGGCUAAAGUUGUUCAGCGUUUUUGUAAAUCUAUCAAAAAGGUGAUAACUUUGAAGUGGAAGUGGUUAACCGCAGAGUGAAAGCACGAUGGCCAAGUCCAAAGUGACGCUGGACUGGAAAAAGCGGGUCAAGUCCGAGUACAUGAAAAUCCGUGCCAUCAAGCGCCACAAACGGGCGGACGAAGUCAAGGGGGCCUGGAACCGGAAUCGCCAAAAACUGCUGGAUCUCCUGGUCAAGGAGAACGAUAGUUGGCUGACGACUAAUGCCAGCUGGAUCCAAAAUGACACCGAACCGCCUCACGUUGACUGUAUGAAGAAAGCGGAAUCUGUCAAUCAUGAAGGUGUUCAUCAGACGGUUCCGAUUCGGGUCAUCAAUGCCGUUACGCCGAUACCGACCAUGUACACUUGGGCGCCGACCCAGCAGAAUUUUAUGGUCGAAGACGAAACCGUGCUGCACAAUAUUCCCUACAUGGGGGAUGAGGUGCUGGACCAGGACGGUUCGUUCAUCGAGGAGUUGAUCAAGAACUACGAUGGGAAAGUUCAUGGCGAACAGGAGGGUAGUUUUAUCGAUGAUCCCAUAUUUGUCGAUCUAGUACACGCUUUGAUGCAAUACACCGGUAGAGAUAUCGAUUCGAACAGCAACGAUAGUACCAAGAUGUCUAAAGCGGUCACAAGAACAUCAACUGAGGAACCGCAACCGUCUACUAGUACUAAAAAUAAGGGGAAACCCGACAAAGACGAUGCUGACAGCAACUCCAAGGACGAUACCAUCCCAAAGUUUAAGCUGGAGCCCUUUGUCGUGGUUAAAAAGGAAGUCAUUGAUGAGAAACCCUUUCCCUCGCCUAUCAUUUUCCAAGCGAUUAGCUCACAGUUUCCGGAUUUGGGCUCACCGGAAGAAUUACGUGAGAAGUACAUCGAACUGACGGAGCGAGUAGACCCGGAACGUCCCCCAGAAUGUACUCCGAACAUCGAUGGACAACGAGCUGAAUCGGUUUCGCGAGAACAAACGCUUCAUUCCUAUCAUACUCUAUUCUGCCGUCGUUGUUUCAAAUACGAUUGCUUCCUGCACCGAAAUCGACUCGUUGGCGAUCGACCGAAUCGACAUCAAGCUUGCCACCCGGGACCAAACUUGCAGAAGAGAAGAUGGCCUGAGCUGAAAAAGUCGACUAAACCGUGCAGCGCCAGUUGCUACAUGCUCUUGGAUGGCAUGAAGGAGCGCCUCGCGGUGGAUAACAAAAACAAAACUCCCAUGGAUUCGGGCAACGAAGCUAGCUCCGAGGACAGUAACGAUAGCAGUCGCUACAGCAAGGAAGCCCCAUUCGGCGGUGGUCCUUCGGCGAAUGGUAUUGCCCUGGUCAGUAGCAGCAGUAGAACCAGUGCUAACAUGAGCUCAUCCAUCAACUCGGCCUCGCUUCUGAACCUGCUGGCCGACGAGGAGUGGAACGGAUCGGACAAGUCUUUCUUCCGGACCCUGCAGAAAGCCUUCCUGAACAACUACUGCGCCAUCGCUGAAGCAAUGAUGAUCAAAACAUGCCAACAGGUGUAUCAGUUCGCGCAACAGGAAGCGGCCGAUAUCCCCAUGAUUGAAGCCAACAAGGACAAUACACCACCGCGGAAGAAGAAAAAGAAGCACCGUCUUUGGUCGAUGCAUUGUCGCAAGAUUCAGCUGAAGAAAGAUUCCAGCUCGAAUCAUGUGUUCAAUUUCACCCCUUGCGAUCACCCGGGGCAAUGCGAUGCGAACUGUCCCUGUAUUGGAGCCCAGAACUUUUGCGAAAAGUUUUGCAACUGUAGCAGCGACUGCCAGAAUCGGUUCCCGGGAUGCCGCUGCAAGGCACAGUGCAACACCAAACAGUGCCCCUGCUACUUGGCCGUUCGGGAAUGCGAUCCGGACUUGUGUCAAACAUGUGGCGCGGAGCAUUACGAAAUUUCCAAAAUCACCUGCAAGAAUGUCAGUGUUCAGCGUGCGUUGCAUAAACAUCUUUUAAUGGCCCCAUCGGACGUCGCUGGAUGGGGAAUUUUCCUAAAAGAAAGCGCCCAGAAGAACGAAUUCAUCUCGGAGUAUUGCGGUGAAAUCAUCUCGCAGGACGAGGCCGACCGCCGUGGAAAAGUCUACGACAAGUACAUGUGCAGUUUCCUGUUCAAUUUGAACAAUGACUUUGUCGUGGACGCCACCCGGAAGGGUAACAAAAUCCGCUUUGCCAACCACUCGAUCAACCCGAACUGCUACGCCAAGGUUAUGAUGGUCAACGGGGACCAUCGGAUUGGAAUUUUUGCCAAACGAGCCAUCCAACCGGGCGAGGAGCUGUUCUUCGACUACAGAUACGGACCGACGGAGCAGCUUAAAUUUGUCGGCAUCGAGCGGGAAAUGGAAUUUCUCUAAAUAACAAGAUUGUUGACAUUGCUGACAUUUGAUUUGAAUAUUUUGUGAACGUUUUUAAUCUUUAAUGUGCCCUUAACUCUAAUAAAAGAACUAUUUUAAGGAAGAACUAAA